AUGGGGCCGGUCAGAGAUUCCCCAGGUCAGUCGCCGCCGUCGGCCUCCAGAUCUCUGCCCUUUCGCAACGGUUCCAAAGCCGGCUCGACGAACCUUCGAACCCUUUACCGCAUCUCGGCCCGAGACGUUGGUGACCGCCGGCCGGAAGAACCCUCUUACCACUCUGUGUCUACCAUCUUGGCCACGUCGCCAAAUCUCCCUCCUACACCUCCAGGAGCGAACAAUGAGACCAGCCCGCCUGCCCCAGAAGAGGCCACUCCAUCUUCAGAUGCCGCCGUGUUUCGAUCGAACUUGGUGACGCCAAUCAACCAGAACAGCCCGCCGACUCCUGACAACACUCCUCCACGGGAACGUUAUGGGUCGCUCUCCCGGCGCCCAUUCCUGGAUCAACAGCCCUCCAUCGCCUCUACACAUGCAGAAUCCUUCAAAACUGCCCAUGAAGACUUGACGUCAGAAGCUGAAUCUGAUCGUAAUACGCCACGUCCGGACAAUGGCUUUAGAUGGCCUUUGAGUUCUGUUGACAAGUUUGGUGCAGCUGCCCAUCGCCUGCGACACAGUUCUUUGCCUAUCUCACCUCUGGUCGCGCUCUACGGAGUACACCCUGUCGUUAGUCAGUCUCCAGAGCCUUUUCUCGAUCGAUAUCAUGCAACUGCUAGUGAGACUCGCGGUGUCUCAGGGGUUUACCCUCAAUACCAAACGUCAGGAUCGAGCGGCCACGCAGUUCUCAACAGCGAGGAAAUUCGCGUACAUCUUGAUCUUCCUCAAGUGUCUGUGUCUGAAAGUGUCGAACCACCUCAUCCUGUCCGCCACAGUACGGGUCAACAUAACUUGAAGCGCGACAAAAGUCUGCGCGAAAGGCUUCUGGAAGCGCAGAGUCAAGAUCCAUCGGCAUCGACCGAGAAGUUCGCAGACAUCAUCGGAUGGAACAAUUCCGUGCCAAUUGAGGAUGAGUUGAGCCAAGAUCGACAGGCGGAUGUUGAAGAUAAUCGACGUUUCUCUGGAAUCUCCACCACUUCGACGGUUGAAGCCUCUUCGCUGUCCGCACCGACGUCCAGAAGCACGUCUCGAGCCAAUUCCAUCACAUCUGAGCAUCUACACGUACGGAGACAACAAGCUGAGAAGGACUUGCGCAAGACCUUGGACAGGAUGGAGUCAGAGCGGCUUGUCCACAGCCUGAGAGAGUGGGAGCACGGAGAUGGAAUGUCACACGCUGAACGGAAUGUGCUAGGAGUUCCUGCAGGUGAAGGCGAGGCGGUAUCAAAUCCGCUGGGAUUGGUGAUGCCUGGAACAAAAGAAUGGGCAGCACUUCGGCCACCGUCUAUAUUUGAUACGCCUUUCUCACAACCUUCCUUUCAGUCAGGCUCUCCUGAGAUCAGCGAAGCUUUGGCGAUCAACUAUUUCCCUCAUAACAACUACUCGGUGCAGCUGAUUGAGCCAUUUCCUGUAGCAGAGUCGAAAGCGGUUCAGGAAGUACAGAAGCAGAAUCUGCCAGAGAUUGAAGUGGAGUCCCCUUUGCGCAACCCUCGACAGCCACCCGAGCCACCGCAGUUUAAGCUGAUCCCACCCACCCCUGCUGACGAGGAAGUAAAGAAGCAAUUGGGAACUGAGCGAACAGAGUCUCUUAGACGACCGGGCGGGUCCCGACGACGCUCAGAAUCGCUGAUGAGCUCCAUUUCUCGGAACUUGAGUCUGAAGAACGCUCGCAAUCGCAAGGCUGAUCAGGAUCUUGACGGAAGCCUGCAUCCAUUCUGGCGGCCGCGUGCUUUUUGGGACGACACAGAUAGUGCUCGUCCUGAGCCAGAGCCUCAGGAACGGUCUUUACAACGAGGAAUUGUGAACAAUUCGUUAGGAUUGCCGCAGGAGAGGACGGUUGUCAACGGUCCCGUGUCACUGGUCAGACGAAUAUCGGAACGGCGCAAGCAGAAAAGAGGUAUCGUGAAGCAAUCCAGCCAUUCCAGCUUAGCAAAGUUUCAAGCAGGUCGCAAACUACACAAGUUGCCAGGCUCGGCACUGCGGUUCCACUUCCCGCUGGUAGGGAUCAAGGAUAUUCACGAGAAGCUGUUGCAUGCCAAACAACGCAAAGAGGACGAGAAGAGGGAACGAAGGAGGGCUGAUCUUCGACGCAGUAUUGGAGCCUAUGUCAUUUCGCAAGGAGAUUCGAGAUUUCCCGUCAGCAAUAUGAGCCUCUCACGGAAAGCUUGA